CUGGAUUAUAACCACUGUGCCUUCAAUGCUGGUUAAACCUUUAUUUGCUUCUUUAUCAAUUUCUAAAACAUUGAAUCAGAAAAAAGGACAUUGAAUGCUGAACAUUGUUGGCUCUUAAGGAUCAACAACCUCACAGAAAAGAAUGACAGGAGCUGUUAAGGUUUUCUUCAUAUGCUGUCUACUUCAAGGUAGCUUAUGCCAACAGUGGGCAGCCUUGAUGCCUCAGACGGUCGAGGGACUAAGUGGAUCCUGUGUGAUGGUCCCCUGCACGUUCAGCUUGCUCUCCGCCUGGGAUAACCACCUGGAUGAUUCAUGUAAAGCCAUUUGGAAGAGAGGAUGGAGUCGAACGCAGGUGUUUGAUUCCAGCCUCACUGGGGAACAUGCAAGCUCAAACAUCCUGCAAGGAAACCUCACGGGGAUCCUGCGUGAGAAGGACUGCACCAUCAUUUUCAACAACCUGCCAUCGGACCAUUACGACAGCUAUUACUUCAGACUGCAGUGUGACAAUGAUCUGAAGUUCAACUUUCCAACGGGCGUCCUUAUCACCACUCGAAAUUCCCUGCCCAAACCCACCAUAACUCCAUCCAGGCUGGAGGUAGAAGAAGGGACUCCAGUGAGGUUGAAGUGCACGGCAGUAGCUCCCUGUCCCAUUCUCCCUCCAGCACUGACUUGGACACCUAGUAUCGGUGACAUUGAGGAAAACAUAGAAACUAAAUUCAUGACCUCUGUGUUAAACUUCACCGCUUCUUACCUCCACAACGGACAGAAGUUCUCGUGCGCCGCUCUCUACAACCGACAAGCUGACCCUCCAAAUAACACAUCAGUCAGCUAUUCUGGUCCUGUAAAAGAGGGCGGUUGGGUGACUCUGACCUGCAACGCCAACGCAAAUCCAGCUGUGGACAGCUACACCUGGUACAAAGUGGAUGGAGAUCAGGCGACCGCAGUGGGUUCGAAAAACCGACUUUCGACUACGGUCUCAGAAGUGGACAGCAGAUUUUACUGUAAAGUCAGUAAUGGAUAUGGAACCCAGAACUCAUCCAUCACUCAGAUAGACGUACAGUUUCCUCCCAAGGAAACCACAGUAAUCAUCGACCCUAGUGGUCCAAUACUGGAGGGCACCUCUGUUUCUCUGCUCUGUAAGAGCCGUGCCAACCCACCUGUGACCAACUACACCUGGUACAAAGAUGACAAAGAGGUUAUGGAGCCUGGAUCGAGC